UUAAGGCAACGGAAUCGGAUAUUUAUGCUGACGGUAGCGAACUGCAAACUCAUUAGCCGUUGGAACUGUGCUGAAGUUGAAAACAAUCAGUUGACGAGUUAUCGAGAGAAUCAAUUUUUGACUGCUUGCAAACUGUGUUCGAAUCAGGAUUUAUUUCAGAAAGAACCGAAAACUUUCUAGUAAUGGAACCGGCGCGGAACAAUGAAGCAAAUGAAACAAGGUCGAAAUGCGUUCCCGAACCGCAUAAACAACGAGAAAUGGAAGUGAAUCAAAUUUCGAUGCGGAUUGAAACAACUGCGAAGAGUCUUCAUAGCCUGAGUCUGACCGAUGAUGGGAAUGAAAAUGAAACAAGUGUCUGUCGAUCUUCCAAUUUAACCUUGAAACAAGUGCGAAAAUUUCGAUCCUCGGUUGGCAACGAAUUCAUCAAGAAGAAAAAGCCAAUCGGUGGAAAAAUUAGUGAACUCAACUUUUCCGCCCGUUUUACCGUGGAAACCUUUGAAAUAAAACUGCACAGUGAAGGCCGUCUGAUGUUGGUCGAUGAUGAUCUGCUGGCAAGAGUGACGAUCGAGAAACCGGAACUGUUGGAUGAAACGCGAGAUUUUGAACAGGCGAAGCAAGUUCUUCUGCAGCAGAUCCAAAUUGAGGAAGUGUAUUUCGACGAACUUCUUUCGAAACGAAAUCAACUUCGGACUGAACUCAUGAAUACUCUCAAAGAUGUGGGAUCGGAAUCGGCAAUCGAUCGUCACUUCGCAAUGGACUGUAUUAUAUUGAGAAUAAUUUUCGAACAUGACGAGGGUUGCCAGCUGUCAGGAUUUCAGUGUUUGUGUGAAAAAAUUAUGAAAAGUGGUUCGUUUUCCGUGCAUCUCACCAACGCAGCAACCAAACUUUAUGACGUAGAAUGUGCUUUGAAAAGAAGGUGUGAACUUUUGCCUUGCAUUGCGACUCCACCGGAAGAGGAUUUGUCGGAGUUGUUCGAAGCUCUGAAGCAAAUUCUGUCAACAGGAAGUGAUGUCCAUAGAAAGUGUUUACUGGAACAUUCUCCAAAAUAUUUAUCAGAUCAUUUGAAAAACGUUUCCCCCGAAAGAAUCUUUUUAAUCAGUGACAGUGACGUUGGUGUGCUUUCAGAUGUGGGAGACGUUCUGGGAGGUGUAAAUUUCCAAAAACCUUUGGAAAACUUGGCAAGUCGCUUCACUGCCCAAGUGGAUGGUUUUGAUUUCAACAAAUUUAGUCAAACGAAACCGUUUAUCAAUCCAUCCGUUAUUCUUCUGUGCAAAAGUUUCAAAGACCUCAUGGGAAAAAUUGUCGAAGUCUCUAACACCAAACAUUCAGAUCUUAUUCAAAUUGACGCCCAAACCGGUUGGCAUCCAACAAACGAGAUCACAUGGACAAUUGAAGGUAACCCAAGAAAGUGUUUGGAGUGCCAAUAUUUUUUCAUUUUCAAUCUACUAAAGUAUUUUGAACCUGGUUCAAACGUCGACUGUGAAUUAUUUGAAUACGAACCGAGACUUUUCGGAUGUUCCGGAAGCGAUGAUCUAGUGAUUGAUCCCAGUCAACCAUCCUUCAUUUGGUAUUGUCUAUUCGAUGACGCACUUUCGUCGAUUGCGCACAGAAACCAACUGACAGCUUAUGAAAAUGUUCUUGGGAAAUAUCUUACUUUAGUUCAAGAAGCAAACCGAGAUCAAUUGGAAUUCGUUCGAGUCGUGAGCCAUGCUUUGGCGGACUUCAUUGCUUGUACCGUUGAUUUUGGCGAGAAGGACGAAGAAGGCAAUUCGACUGUCGACGGGAAAAUACUGCAAAAGCAACUUCAUUUACUAAUGCCAGAAAUUUCGUUUGACUCUUCGACUACGAAUCGAUUCUGCGAAAUGGUCCGAAUUUUCACAACAUUUUGGAAUCACAAGAGAGAUAUAAUUGCAAUGCUUCCUGCUAAAAUUAAUCUUCCAGCAAUGAAAGAAAUAUCGGAAGAAUUGCUCGAUGUCGUUCUGUUGGCUUCAGAAAAAAAUGUGGAAGUGGAACAGUUUCUGAGAUUUUAUCAAGCAUAUAACGUUUUGCUGCUUCAACUUGAUGCUGUGUCAUUUGAUUGGAUUAUCAGAUCAAUUCCCGGAGUUGAGAUGCAAGGAAUUGUUCUGUUAAAAUUGAUCGAGCCGGUGACCAAUGAACAAUUCCUGGACACAUUCCGUGUGAUAGAUCCGAUGAAAUUCAGUCAAAUGCUAAAAUUUGUUUAUAACGAAGCAGAGAUUCCAGAACACCACGAGAUUCUCAUCGCAAAAGCGUACUUAUCUCUAAUCUUGCAACAGCUGAAUCGAAAGCAGUGGUCAUCUGGACUCGAACUGUCUGAAUCUGAUCAGUUGACAGUCGCAACAACUUUGAUAUUGAUGUUUCAAAAAUGUAUGCUGAGUUCGACGAAUAUCCGAAAACAGCUUGAAAAUGAUUCCUUUGACAGUUUUUCAACUACUUAUAUUGAACCAAUAGUUAAAAUAGUCAAUGAAAGUAAAUCUGCAAGCGAUUUCGUAAUCGGAACCGAUUUAAAUUUUUCGUUUGCCGAAUUCGAUAAGUUUAAUAGCUUCAAUGAUAAGAAAGCGAUUCGGGAAGCAUUCCAUCAAUAUUUGGUACAGUUUCAUCAAUACGUAUCUUUGAAAGAAGAGAGCAGAGUCGCUCAAAUAGAAAAGCAAUUAAAACAAACAAACAUUCGUCAUUUCAAUUCUUGGGAUGCUCAAUUUAAGCAGGUCGAGCUCCCGAAAAUCCUUGCUGGAAUCGCAGCUUUGUGGUUCACUUCAACACCUAAAACGGUAGAAUUCCCAAAUCUGGCAGAAGCUCACGGACUGCACGGUUCCCAGGUUUUGUGCAUUCUGAAGAUGUUAGGCGUAGACGACCCAAAAACGGGAGUUUCUAAACAUUUCUCGGAGAUUCCUCCGGGAGAAGGCAAAACGUUGAUUAUUCGAAUGAUCGCAAUUUUGAUGGCUUUGACGGGGCACUCAGUGCGUGUGCUUUGCUGCAACGGAUAUCAAGAAGUAAGAAAUCGAGCUGACCUGAAUCGAGUUUUUGCUAUUUUGGAUGUCGAAAAAUGUAUUAGCUAUAGUAUUGAUGUGGAUUUUAGUUACUUUGGUAGCGUGCUAUUUAAUGGCACACGUGUUCUUUCAUCGGGAGUCGCGGAGAAUUCAGCUGAGAGAGCGAUGACAGGAUCCUUAGACAAUUCCGUGCUUUUGAUUGAUGAUAGAAAUUUGUUUUGGGAUUAUAUUUCCUACUACCAACAUUUGGUUAUCUUAUUACCUGGACUCGAUGAAAUUCAAACUAAACUAUGGAAUUUAACAAUCGAAUCAAUUAAGGAAAACGCCAUCAAGAAUGCUAUUUAUGAGUAUAUUGAAUCGUCCGAGUUCCCAGAAAAAGAUAGAUGGAAGACAUUUUUAUCACUGCCAGGUGAAUAUAAAUGGAUCUUGAAAGACAAUGAGGAAAUAUCCUUCACAAAUCGAAAGUUGUUCGAUACACAUUUAGCUGACAUGAUUCGCGAUGCUGGAAGAGUGUACAAAAAUCACAAAUGCGAGCGUCAGAAUAGUUAUUUUAAGACAUUCCACUAUUUAGCUAAUGAGAAAUCGCAAACUUCAACGAAAAACGGAGAUAAAAUUAAUUAUGGAUUUUUGAUGAUGGAAUUACCUGGUUUGAAUUUGAUCACAGCACUUAGCGACAUCCCUUUCGGAUUCGGGGUAUUUGGAGAAAAUUUUCACAAAGAUCAAAUUAAUUACCUCGAACAGUUUUGCGACAUCAGGGAAUGGACUGAAAUGCCCUCGGUUUUCGGUUGCUCGAAACUUCGAUUCGACAAGGAAGCAGAUUUUUAUUCAACGAAGGACUUUCAUGAGUGGUUGAACAAAAUUUUCAACAGCGCUCGCAAGGUUGUCGAUUCCCAUCGUUCGGUUAUAAUAGUCGUUUUAGAAUGGCAAAUGAAAAGUUUCAAAAUCAAAUACGGGAAGAAUUUCACUCGGCUUAACCUUCUGUACGAAGAUACACCAAAUGAAGAAAAGCAACGGAUUAUUGAUGAGAUCGGUGGUGCAGGAACCGUCACCUUAGUAGAGUGCAAAAUGGCUCCAGGACUUGACUACAAAUCCAGUGAGACCGUAGAAAGAAACGGGGGAGUGCACGUGAUACAAGCAUUUUACUCCUUCGAUACAAUUGAGGAGUACCCGAUCAAGGGACUGACUGCCAGGCACGGGAACCAAGGAAGCUACGAAAUAAUUAUUUGGAGUCACACUAAUUCGUACGAUGAAAUGAAUAAAGAAAGAGAAAGUAGGAUUCAGAACAACUUAAAACACCUACCAAGUGCUCACUCUAAACUAACUGAACGAAAAGAGGUUUUGCGAACAUUUGUGAAUACGUUCAAGUUUUAAACAAAUGGAUUUUACUACACAAAAAAAUAUUUGUAAAGCGAAUACGUACCGAGCAAAGAAAAUCACAUCACCUUAUGGCGUUUUCGUUUUCAAUUUGCACUACACCGGUGCAGUGCUACACUGAGGCAUGAAUAAACGAACAAAAAUGACGAAAACAUAAACAGUAACCAUUGACUACAAUAAACGAUUCCAUUGCACAGAGGUACACCAAACUUUUGAUGAGUGCUGCACCAGUGGCAUCGGUGCAGAAAAAGUGUAGCACUGGUGUAGUGCAAUUUAAAAACGAAAACGACAUUAGAUUGUAUGCAUGAAAAAUUGACGUCAUUCAUCUAGUAGUGAAAGAAUAUUGAAAAUAAAGUUGAAAAUUUUCCUGGAAUUGAAAGCAAUUAAAAUCAUGAAUAUAAAAACGUGUUUUUCUUUGUAAAUAUAUAUUAUUUCGACGAAAAGUCUAGUCAAAUCAAAAUUCUUUUUUUUUACUUUUGCCUUGCUCACUCGAUCACAAAUCCUUGCCGGGACCACAAUAUUAUACGGUGCGAGAAGGGCAAGUGUUAAACCAGUCCAAGACAUCGAUUGAAGUCGAAAAAUUUGGUAAGAAAGCUAUGGUCUGGCAAGCAAUUUGUAGCUGCGGUAUGAUUUCGAAACCCUUCAUCACCACUGCUUCAAAAAACAGCGAAAUAUACAUUAAGGAAUGCUUACAAAAACGACUUCUACCCAUGAUUCGAAGCCACAAGGAUCCUGUUGUCUUCUGGCCAGAUCUUGCUUCUUGCCACUACUCGAAAUCAACGGUAGAAUGGUAUACUACCAAAAAUAUCACUUUCGUCCCAACAGACACGAAUCCACCAAAUUGCCCACAACUUCGACCAAUUGAGGAAUAUCGGGCAUUAACGAAGGCACAUCUUAGGAAACAUGUCUAGGCAGCCGAAACCAUUCAACAGUUCGAAAAAGAUUGGAAAAAGUGUCAAAACUUGUCACCUGUACGUCUGUACGGAAUUUAAUGAGGAACGUUCGCAAUGUCUACAAUGGCUAAGUAGCAAAUGUUGAGGUUAAUAUUCUGUUGUUGUAGUCUAAUAUUAUCAA